UCUCGACUCAUGAUUGAUCAAUUGUUGAUAACCGAGUCUAUCUUACGAGGAUCCAUGCUCUACCGCAUUCUUGAUAUACAGUCAUUCUGAAUAUGCUAACUAUGACAGGUUUUUAUCUCGGCGCUUACUCUGGAGAAGCUUGACAGGGCAUGCGUCUUAAGCUGAUCAAGGCAGUCCGAAAGAAUGUUCUCACGCCAAUCAGCGGGCUCGCGUGAUGCAGGCUGACUUGGCUCCCUCUCUUGUGUCUGCCUAUUUCAUCGCCUUCGUCAGCAAUUUUACAAGUAUUCUAGUCCUCGACUAUCACUUUACCCGCUAGAAGGGCUUGUUUAUCACUUGCUUGGCUCAGAUGAUGUCGACGUUCACGUACGACGAGAAACUUGCCGUCAAUGAGAUCCGACUAAUUCAGCUAUUCCCGGGAGAAUGGCUCGAUGGCCUCGACUGUAGGCUGUACGUGGCCAAUCGAGAUCAUGAGUAUCAAGCCUUGUCCUAUGCAUGGGGAAGCUCGAAGCGGUCAAACCAGAUCGCCGUCAACGGCAAGGUCCACAAGAUCACAUUCAAUCUGGAUAGAGCCUUGCGCGCUGUCCGAAGGCAGAUAGGAUCAAUCACUCUCUGGGUCGACUCCAUCUGCAUCAAUCAAGAUGACGCUGCAGAAAAGAGUCAACAAGUCGGCAUGAUGCACGAUGUCUUUAGUUCAGCUACUGAAGUCAUUGCCUAUAUUGGAGAUGGCCUAGAUCAAAGUCGCAAGGACUACGCACGUCGUUUUGAAAAGCUUGGGAAGAAUCCUCUGACCGAUUUCAGUUCACUGGUUGAGGCCAGCCUCACCAGACUGGGUGCAGCUGGCAGCUUGAAGGGGCCCCUGAUGCAUGGGGACAUCCUCGGAAUAGAGGUUCAGGAGCUCUGGGACAAGUGGAAGUACUCCCAACCGAAAUCGCUCACUGAACAUGAAGAGAUCGUGUGUCUAUACCGCCUUCUCAUGGAGUUUUCCGGACCUUCCGAAUACCACAACUUUCCGAGCAAGCAGUCGUCAGGACAGAAAUUUAUGUGGCUCGAUCUCAGCGAAGCACAUCUACGACUUCUUUCUGAAAGAAUGCGACAUUUUGCGACAAGCGACUGGUGGAAUCGGAUGUGGAUUGUCCAAGAGGCAUGUGUCGCUCGACAGCUUACCGUAGUUUACGGUCGCGCAUCUAUCCCUUUUAUCUGCAUCGGACACGCGGCUCGAGCAUUUCUGCAUUCACCUAUUACAAAAUACCCAGAUUUGGCCAAGGUAGCGAUUUUCAUGGCGGGCAAGAUAGACGCAAUCAGCCCUCUCCGCCUCGGAUUAAGCACCGUUGGCAGCUUGGCGCACUUUACGUCAAGCAACUCCCUGUUGUGGCUUCUAAGAAGAUUCCGCAGUCGUAAAUCUUCAGAACCGCGAGACAAGAUAUUUGCUCUUUUGCGACUUGCUGAGGAUCUGAGAACGACAAAGCCAUUUCUUCGAUAUAACCAGUUAUGCAUCACGGUUGACUACGACGUUGAUGUUGGUGAAGUGUUUGCCGAUGCGGCAUACAGCAUCAUCCGCGACACUGGUCUCCUCUGGAUGACGACAACAGAUUUACUCGCCAAGAGUCGCAUGGACAUGCCUUCUUGGGUGCCAGACUGGUCUUCUGAGCACAUGGUUCCUGGGUACAAUCAGAGACGAUACCGCUUUCAAGAAGAAACCCUCCUGCACUUCAACGCAAGCCGUCUACGGUUUUGUCACUCACCACUACUUUCGCCGGAUGAUCAACCCAGAUAUGCAUUACCUCAACAACACUUCGAAGAAUUACUUAAGGGGGACGACCGAGACAGGUGGAAACCGGUGCACUGCCUCCCGAGUAUGAUUAAAUACACACCAAGCCAUCCAUUCCAAAAGGACCGGCAGCGUUCUGCGUUGAUUCUUAAAGGCGUAACUUGUGGCGUCGUUGUGUCUGCAAGCGUUGUCAUCCUCAGUGACCUUUCGAACAUUGGUCUGGCCCUUCUUCAGGCUCAAGAAAGCUACGGGGGACAUGGAGGUUGGCAGCUUGGCCAGAGAUCGUUUUUCGAGACUGUCGCAACCUGUCUUUCCUCAUCUAUGCAGAUCCUGUGCGAAGAUGGCGGACAUCCCGAGACACUCGAAUCACAGAAACGACACGAACUCGCCAUAUGGGCCUUUAAUCAAUACAUAGAAUACCUGGAGGUUAUAGGUACUCUGCCAGAACUGGGACAGGAAUUUUUGCACGAAGCCGCAGCUUGUGCCGACGGCUGUGAAGUUGACGCCCUUGGCUCACUGGGAAGUCCCCUACAAGGGUUCUUUUGCCCAAUACAACACCGCAAUCGGGAGCAUAUAAGAACUCUAGUGGCCGGGCCUGGUGGCUUUAGGCUAGUUACGCUACCUAAGGAUUAUGAUUUACGAGCACCGUCAAAUCUGCACGUUCCACCGUGGAUUGAGGACACCGUCAGGACUAUGGCCGCCGGAAACCGACUAUUCGUCACUAAUCGAGGCCAAGUUGGGCUGGGCCCGGAGAGCAUGCACGAGGGAGACUCGCUCUGCGUCCUUGAAGGUGGACUUGUGCCGUACAUUCUACGGAAACACGUUGGGACAAUCUAUACUGAGUCUUCGAUGGUUCAUCAAACGGAAAGUAUCAUGGGCACGCAUCGGUGUACUAUGGUCGGAAGCUGUUAUGCUGACGGCAUCAUGCACUGGGGUGACGAAGACCAUUGUUGGGGAGAUAAUGCUGAUGACAUCGAGAGCCUGGAAUCGAAACUGAGGCGAAAGCUCAAAGCUCCUGAACUCGCCGAAGCCGCAUUUCUUCUGGUCUAA